AUGCAGCAAGCAAAGGCUCACACGGAGACCGUCGAAGACACGGGCGAAGGACUUCUUAUGAGGUCCAAGCUUGAUGAUCUGAGUGUUUGGCAGAGUGUUCGCAGGUUCAAACGAGUGGGCUGCAUCGCUAUGCUUGCAGCCUUCUCAGCCUCUCUCGACGGCUACCAGAUCAAUCUUAACGGUGGAAUCGUCUCCAAUGCUGGAUUCAUACGACAGUUUUCGACCUCUGGCACCACGAUCAUCGCGGGUAAAUACAUCUCGGCAUGGGGAGGUAUCCAAUCAGCUGGACAGACCAUUGGUCAAGUCCUUCUUCAAUAUGCAACUGAACGCCUCGGUCGCAAGGCUGCGAUGAUGAUUAUCUGGGUUGUUCUCACCGCGAGCGUCUUCGCCGAGUCAUUCGCAACACACUGGCAGCAUUGGCUUGUGGCAAAGCUAUUCUCUGGCAUGGGUGUUGGUAUGCUGCAAUCAACCAUGCCACUGUACCUAUCUGAGAUCUCGCCUACUCAGCUCCGAGGUUUCUUCAUUAACGCCUACAGCUUCUGGUUCGUUCUAGGCCAGCUCUUUGCGUCGGUGGCCCUUAAGGAGCUCAAAGCAAACGACCCGCUCGAUUUCCGAACCCCGAUUUACACUCAGUGGGCGAUGAUCGGGUGUAUCCUUAUCGCAUUCCUUCUCAUCCCCGAGUCACCUUGGUGGUUAGCAAGCAAGGGCAAGGUCGAGCAGGCUUCUCAAGUCCUGAAUCGAUGCUUCGCCAAUGUCGAAGGUUAUGACAUUGAUCAACAGAUCGAAAUCAUGACUUGUACCAUUGCCCUCGAACGCCAACAAGCUGAGCAAAAUUCCGAGCUGGGACCCUGGGCUGUGUUCAAGGGUCGCAACCUGAUACGAUUCAUCAUUUCCGGUUGGCCCAAGAUUACACAACAAUUUGUCGGUUUGGCUGUCUUCAAUACUUACGCGACAUAUUUCUUCCAAUAUGCAGGAAACAAGGACCCAUUCCUCGUGACCCUCAUUCUGUCAUCCGUUCAGCUCAUCUCGAUGAUCGCUACAGCAACACUUACGGAUUCUGUCGGUCGACGACCUCUAACUGUCUACCCAUACGCCGUCACUGUCGUCUCUGUCCUGUGCCUGGGUAUCAUUGGCUGCUUCGACUAUACAGCCAAGGCUACCAGUUCGCUACUUAUCUUCUUUGCUUGCCUCGCUACGUUUUCCACGACUGGUGCUUCAGCCAUCGGCUACGCCUACGCUGCAGAGAUUCCACAACAGCGCCUCAGGGCCCAGACGGCUGGUUGGUCGCUAGCUGUGUCUAAUUGUAUCGCUAUCAUCUUCAGCUUCUGCACCCCGUUGAUGAUCAAUGGAUCGGCCAAGUGGGGCGUCAAGACUGGUUUCUUUUUCGCUGGUACCGGCACUGUUGCUGUCGUCAUCGCCUGGUUCAUCCUCCCGGAGGUGGCACGCCGAACACCAGCCGAGAUUGAUGAAAUGUUUGAGAAGAAGGUCAAUCUCCGCAAGUUUGACAAGUUUGUCACAGAGGUUCAGGUCCACGCACAUGAGCUUCAGGACAGGAAGAAGGUGGCUGAUGAGGUUUAA